AUGACCCAAAAUAUCGACACCCAAAAUGACGAAUUACCCAAAAUAUCGAAUCUUCCCUCAAACUUGAAGCAAAGUUUGAGGGAAGAAAAAAGCGAAAAAAAGUUAAGGGAAGAAAAAUUUGAAUCUUUUCUUAUUUUUUGCUCUUUAUUUGAUUUUCUCCCGGCACAAUUUUCUUUUUUAAUCCUUUUUAGUAAUAUUUGUAUAUUUUUAAAUGUUUUCACCUAAAAAUUUAUCCUUUUCUUUUACCCUCAAUUUCUUUAGCAUUUUUUAUAUUUGGCAUUCAAAUUUGGAAGUCCAAGAAGCCGUAAAAAAGAUUAGGAAAAAAAAGAAAAAUCUUUUUCUAAUUGUUUUUUAGUUUUUACGUCGAACCAAACAUUUUUUCUGUACCUAUCAAAUUACGAUUUCUUUGUUUGACCUGUUUUGAUAGUUCCAUGAUUUGGCCAUUCCGUGAUUUGGUAAGACCUUAUUGUGUAUGUUUAGUGUUUUGGCAUGGUUCGUAAAUUUGUUGUCCAUGAUUACGUAAUUCAUUCAUUUUAUUUAACCUCUGUUAAAUUAUUCCCUCAACAAAUUUCUUUGUUCUUAUUUUUGCAGUUUUGUUUUUCCUAUCAUUUGUUACUUUAAAACUUUACUUCUACCCUAAUCCUUUUUUGCCUUCCAAAAUAUUUUUUCAAAAAAACUACACAUUAUUUUAUUAGUAAUUUUUUUAGUUAUUGAAUUUUUACCAUCCAGUUUACUUUUAAA